AUGGACGUCCUCGCCGAGCUUGAAUCCAUGGCCAAUAACAUUUCGCUAGCAAGCGAAUGCAUCGUCUCCGACGCCGACAUCGCGCGGUGGCAGCGCCUAUUCAACUUCACGAAAUCAGAAGCCGUACGCCGCAUAGAGGACUACCGGAACGACUACACCAAAACCAGGACCUCUGAAGAGCUGUGGACAACGAUCCGCCCCACCAAGGAGGGGGGAAGGCUUCGACCGCGAAAACCGAAGAAAGCCCAGCACCAGCAAGACACCUCCGGCACAUAUCUCCUGCGCCUAGAGGGUCCGCUAGACACAGCACAGAAAGUCAAGACAGCCGCGGGCCUGGCGGACGUGCCCGCCACCACCGCCGGAGUGGGCGGAUCCGGCGCAUGUACCACCUUUUGCGAGCUCGACGGCCGCGCCAAAGCAAAGAUUCUUGCCUGCGCGUGGGAAAGGCCUUUCUCGUCCGUGCUCGCGAGCAGGAAGAUGCACUGCGAUUUUACGAAACAGACAAGUACGAGGUCGUCGGGUGUCGCAAUGCCACUGCUGGGCGUAUACUCCCGGGUCUGA